UGUUUGACAAAGCAUUUUCAGGCUGCACUGGUAGAAACAUAAAAGUACAUGAAGAACGUAGAAGCCUGUUUGUGAGUUUGUUUUACAAUGGUGGACAAUGAUUUGCAACACCUCAUACAAAGAUUUUAUGAGUUGCAAGCUGAACGCGUGGAGGCUUACAAACUGUUUGAAGAGGGGCACCAGGCCUACCUAAAGUCCGGCCCUCACUAUGACUUCAUCCAGUACCGGCAACUGGUCCAUGAGAUCACGAAGGGCUUCAAUGGCAUCAACAAAGAGCUGAUCCAAAUGAAAGACCGAUUCCGAGAAGUGUAUGAUCGGCCAGAUCUGUCUGAACACUUAGAGAAAAUGCAAGAGAUUGAAAAAGAAAAGUUGGAAUUGACUGCAAGAUUACAGAUAGCCAAACAAAACAGCCAGGACCACCCCAAUCAGGAAGACUACCAAGAAGAGGUGCAAAUGUUAAAACACAAGAUAAUUAAAACCGUAGAAGCAAUCAGUGAAGUAUUACAGGAUUUCAAGUUCGACUGCGAAGAAAUACAAUGAAGUUUCACUCUUUCGAAGCCGCAGACUGCAAGCCGAGGCCUGGAACGGAAUAUUUAUUUGUACCUGAUGUAUUUUGGCUGUUUUUCUAAGCAGAUAUUGUGUCCUGUUAUACAAAUUUUGUUAUCAUCAUUUUAUUAAUCCAUAGGACUAUUUUGAGCCCCUAAAUGAGAAAAAGAAGGGGGGAAGCAUGCACACAACAUUGGUCAUGUUUUGAUGAAUGGAGUGUAAUAAGAUUUUUUUUUGUUUUUAAUUUAAUAACUUAAAUUGUCUACAAUUGUGUAAUUAUAGUUGAUUGACUUAAGUUCUUGCAAUAAAAAAAAAAGAAAGCAUUAUAUAUGAACACGAUAAUACUCCCUAAUAUAACUUUUAUAAUUGUUCACGCUGGUUUGUCUUAAUCAAACUUACAAUUUAAAAAGCAAAACAUUCUGCUCUUUCCCCUUAAUUUUACCUCUGAAAUAGGAAAAUAAAAAUCUAAAAUGCAUGCACCCA